AUGCGCGGUGAGCAAUCCGUACUCCAGCAUCAUCAACUUGAGCUUCAUCAGCAUCGAGGCAGGGCUCCCCAACAUGCCAAUGACGAGCACCAACACAUAUCGGAACCGCUCAUUGUACAUUCCAAUGGUCAACGCAGGGAAAACGAUGAAAUUCGUAGACAAUCCGGUGAUGAAGAAUGCCGCAAUCAACCCACCUUUAGCAUUUACCGCGAAACCCAUCAAGGUCCAUCCGACGAUGCGCAAUAUUAUCCCAAUUACCGUCGUCAGCCGCGGGCCGAAAAAGUCCAUGAAAAUGCCAAUCACCACACUCAGGAAGCACUCGGCAACACGGCUGAUGGGUAG